GAUGAUAAGCCAACAGCAUUGCUCAGAUCCAACUGUGAAAUAUGUUCAUGCAGAAACACGCUCUCUUCCAAAAUGUCCUUGCACAUGUGAACUUUUUUUUCCUGUUUUGAAAUUAACGUCUGUCCAUGCUCACUUCCUCUUUUUUGGGAGGUGGGCUCACUUGCAGGCCUUUCCUGCUCCACCUCUCCCUUGUGGGUGGACCAUUUAUAUAAUGGGACCACUGAAGAAGAAGGACAGAGGAAGACGACGAAAGGUUGAGAACCCAUCUCUUCUUCAAGAUCAUAUUCAGAGCUGAUCAUGCUGUUCAAGGGAUUUGGCCUUGGGCUCUUCAUAGUCGUGGCUGCUGUCACGAUCCUGAGCACCUUUGGUCAGACCUAUGAGGACUUCUUGACUAAGCACUAUGAUAACCCCAAAAGCAAUGUUGGAAAUCGUUACUGUAAUAAAAUGAUGCAAAGACGUGGAAUGACCAAGCCCAAAUGUAAGGAGGUGAACAGCUUCAUCCAUACCAUAAAGAACAACAUCAUUGCUGUGUGUGGGACUGGUGGAAAAGCUAUUGAUGACAAAUUGCGACGUAGCAAGCAGCAGUUCCAAGUCACCACCUGCAAGAUGAAAGGAUCAUCCACCAGGCCUCCUUGUGAUUACAGGGAAAACACUUCACUCAGAUAUAUUGUCAUUGCUUGUGAGAACGGAUUGCCUGUGCAUUACGAGGAAGGUCAUAUUUAACAGUAUUUGAAGAUGAUAUGAAUUGAUUGGAUUGAGUCUCCCUCAAAAUCUCAUUUUCUGCUGAUCCUGAGGCUCAUUUCUAGCACUCUUUUUCAUGAUCUGUGCUCAAUUUCUACCAUUGUAACCUACCUAGAUAUUUGCCCUGCUUUCCUUUUUUUCUCUCUUUACCCUUCAGCCAGCACAAAACCAAAACUCUGAAUAUCCUAAAUUUUAUGUAAGCCAGCCAUAAUUUCUCUACCACAUGCUUUAAAUUGAAUGAUUAAAAAAUAAACAAAAAGUUGCAUUACA